AUGAAAGAAACUUUCUGCUCGCAACACGAAGUAGAAAAAGUUGAAGCUGACUUCCUAACCUUGGUUAUGAAAAACUUAGAUUGUCAAGCUUAUGUAACUAGCUUCAACUCCAUGUCUAGAUUGGUACCUUAUUUGGUUACACCAGAACCAAAGCGUAUUGCAUGCUUUAUUGGUGGAUUGGCUCCCGAGGUGAAGGGACACAUGAAGGCUUCAAAGCCUGCAACCUACCGGUCAGCAGUGGAUCUAUCCCUAUCCCUGACACUGGAUAUUGUCAGGAAUAAGUCUAUAAAGCCUACGGAUGAAGAAAAAAGAAAGAGAGAAGAUGACAGCUCGCAUCGUUCUGACAAGAAAAAGAAAGGUAACUCUGGGUUUAAGAAGAAUACCAAUCAGUCGGGUGAAAAGUCCCUGUGCAAGAACUGCAAGAGAAACCACUUCGGGAAAUGCACUAUUGAUCCGCAGGCUAAACCCUGUGGAAUCUGCAAGAGGAAGGGUCACAAAACUUUGGAGUGCAAAGACCUAAAGAAUGCAACCUGUUAUGGUUGUAAUGAGAAGGGUCACAUCAAGUCUAACUGCCCGAAAAAUGCAAAGAAGCCCGAAGAGGCUAAAAAGACAAAUGCCAGAGUGUUCCAAAUGAAUGCCAAGGAGGCAGUGCAGGAUGAUAACGUUAUAACAUGUACUUUCCUCAUAAAUGAUAUCUAUCCUAGAGUUUUAUUUGAUUCUGGUGCAGAUAAGUCCUUUGUAAACAAUAAAUUUAGUAAACUGUUGAAUCUGCCUAUUAAAACUCUAGACGUUAAAUAUGAGGUAAAAUUAGCUGAUGGUACCUUAAAAACCGCUUCGACAAUUCUAGAUGGAUGUUUCAUAUCCAUUAGGAAUCAAUCUUUUCCGUUGUCCUUGUUGCCGCUGAAAUUGGCGGGGUUUGAUAUAGUUAUAGGCAUGGAUUGGUUAUCAUUUAAACAAGCUCAAAUUGCCUGUGAUAAGAAACAAGUUAUCGUCAAAACCCCUUAUGGUGAACCAAUCACUAUUAAAGGAGAUACACACUAUGGAUUGCUUGAUCGAGUGUCCAUGCUUAAGGUGUCCAAAUAUUUGAAGAACAGUUGUGUCAUUUACAUGGCACAGGUGACAGUAGACGUGCUGAAGCCCAAGAUAGAAGAUAUUCCUGUUAUUUCUGAAUACCCAGAUGUAUUUCCUAAAGAAUUACCUAGGUUUACUCCCGAGAAGAAAGUAGAGUUCAGAAUCGAUAUUAUACAAGGAGCAGCACCAGAUGCACGAGCUCCUUACCGAUUACACCGACCAAAAUGA